GGCUGUUAGGUAACCGGUCUGUAAAAUGGCAUCAGGCGGGAGUCUACGGAGAGAGAAUGUUUACAAGCAUCCACUAUUUGUUAAUCUCUUGAAGAACCCUAUAAAACAAGAUCGACGCAAUAAACAUCAGAAUUUACUCUUUAUAAGUUCUGACAAAAUUUAUGCAUGGUUUGAACAUAAUAAAUCUGUUUUAGUGAGCGAUAUUACGGAAAUUGUUGCCGAAAAGCCCAAAAAAGUAGAAGAAGUAAAAUUUCAAGAGCCUCCUGAACAUCUAGUCGAUACUAUACUGGUGGAUUAUUCUGGAAAAUACGCUGCUCUAAUAGGAGAACAGAAUUUGACAAUAGGUGAACUUGACUCUUCUUCCCCAAGUAGGACUUUUGAGGUUCCUUUGGGUGUAGAUGAGGAUAUUGUCGAUUGCAAGUGGCACCCUGAUUACGACUUUCUUUUGGUGCUACUUACGACUGAUAAUUGUAUCCGUUUCUUCGAUGUUCAUAAGCAUGUCUUUGUAAGGGAUUAUUAUCUACCCCCGAAAUCCAAUGAAUUUCCUAAAUCGCCCAAAUCGCCAAACGUCUCUCAGCUCUUGGGCAACUGUGGUGUUCAUUUUACGUUCUCUUCCGGAGCAGACGAUCUUACAACUAUAUAUGUAAUAUAUGGAAACGCAGAUGUCUACAGUAUCAAAACCUCAAUGAAACAACAGGCAGCAGACCCUGUUAAAGGCCCUCUUAUAAUUCUUCCCAGAAUUGAAGACGAGGUUUUUGAAGAAGAUGCAGUUGGGAUACAGCUUAUAAGCUCUAAUCCGGAUGUUCUUGCUUUGAUAAUGUCCAAUGGUUACGUGUUACAUUGUGUAGUUCUUCAAGCAGAAGAAGACGAAGAAUUGAUUGCAAUUGAAACAGUUCGUUUAAAGGAUGUAAUUAUAGAUUCAUCUCAGUCGUUAAAUAUUAUUAGUGUUUCGAUAAGUAACAAUUCCUACAUUAUACGACAUAACGAUGGAAUCUAUCAGCUUACUGUUCCUUGGAAUUUUAGCUUGAAAGACGAAAGCUUCCAAAAUCUUCCAGAAGAGCCUACUAUUGCAAAAGCUUUAAUAAACACAAAUAUCGGGAAGGAGAAACAAUAUUUAUAUUCUUGUUCAUUCGCUAGGCAUCCGAUAUUUGGUGUUCAUUUAUUUUGUUUGGAUUCAAAUUUCCAAUUAUUUAUUGUUACUCUCUUGGAGAAAAAAAGUAGAAAAAGUUUUGUAGCUGAAAAGGCAAAAAAUCAGCUGAAAAUUGAAAAAACGUUUGAAGAACAUUUAAGAGAGGUUUUAAAGAGAAAGGAAAACGUACCCUUAUUUUUAUCAUCAGAAAAAGAUUUAGACUUAGAGAAAAAGUUAGAACUUGGUGCGAAAGCUUUGAAAAUAUUUGAAAAUGAAUAUUAUAAAAAACAAAAACUUGCUAUUUUGGAAAUUGCAGACAAAGUUAAAGAAAUUCAAUCUAGAUUUCGGCAAAUGGAAGAAAUUAUGGAAAAGCUCGUUAAAGACACUGUAAGAAUUAAAGAAUUUGACGCAAAUAUCAGCGAGAAAAUCGAUUUAGUUAACAAGAAACAUUUAGAAUUGAACGACAGAAUAUUAAGUAUGUCUACUUCCUUACAGAGAAUUGUCGAAAUUCCAAGUAAAGCAGAGCAGAAAUUACAAAAUGAUUUACAAACGCUGCAAAUUCGUUUAGGACAGUAUCGUGUGAAAAUGGAUGGUCUGAAAGAAAAAUUAAAGAUAAACCCAAUGUCGACAAAAAUGACCAAAGUACAGACAAAACCAAAAUCUGUAGGCUUAUCUCCAAAACAGAAAAAGAACAUUCAAAGCGCCCUACUUGAAGAUACUGAUGAAAUAGCCAAAAUGGCUCAAAGUAGAAAGACUUUAUGCAGAUCAAAACCUAUUCAUAUGGUUGGAUUGAAGAACAACGCGAAUGCUGAAAAUGAAGAAACGAAAAGAAUUCAAACUGGCCAUAAACUAGAUAGUUUGAAUUUGCUUAUGUUUAUUUUUCUGUUGAUAUUAACUGUUAUAACUAUAUGGGUAUUUAAACAUAGAAGAUUUAGAUUCAUCCACGAAACAGGACUUGCCAUCGUCUAUGGUUUAAUUGUUGGAGCUAUUAUUCGUUAUUCAUCAAAAAAUACUGAAAAGAAAUGGGCAGACGUUUCGUUUAUUCACCAAAACCAAAGUGACCACUACGGACCAGCAAAUCACCCCGAUUAUCUCAAACUUAAUUUGUCAAAAGGAGGAGAUGAGAAGCUUUUUACAUACAAAUUCGAUCGAAUACAUACUAGAGGAUUCGAACAAAAGGGUUGUUCAGUAUGUCAAAAGGCAACUUUCGAUCCUGAAGUAUUUUUCAAUGUUAUGCUACCUCCAAUUAUCUUUUAUGCUGGUUAUUCAAUGAAGAGGAAACACUUCUUUAAAAAUUUUGGUGCAAUUACAACGUUUGCUUUUAUGGGUACCAUUAUUUCUUGCUUCGCUGUUGGUUCUAUACUGUUUGGAUUAACAAGGGUUUUUAUGCCUAAUGAUAUGAGUUUGAAUAAUUGUCUAUUUUUUGGAGCUGUAAUUUCCGCAACAGAUCCAGUGACUGUCCUGGCUAUAUUUAAUGACUUAAACGUUGAUGUCGAUCUUUAUGCAUUGGUAUUUGGUGAAAGUGUGUUGAACGAUGCCGUAGCUAUUGUGCUAUCAGGAACUAUUAACAAAUAUAAUAGUACAAAAGAAGGAUUUGAUUUUAUGGCUGUUUUAAAGUCAUUGGGUGAUUUCUUAAAGGUAUUUCUUGGUGCUUUUGCAAUUGGUAGUUUAAUAGGAUGCGCAACAGCUUUGGUGACGAAAUUUACAAAAAUCAGUCAAUAUCCGUUACUUGAAACCUCUUUAUUCUUUCUCAUGUCGUAUAGUUCCUUCUUAGCGGCUGAAGCCGCAGAUAUGACAGGCAUAGUUGCUGUAUUAUUUUGUGGAAUAUGCCAAGCACAUUAUACUUAUAAUAAUUUAUCAAAAGAAUCCAAGAGUAGAACAAAAGAGUUAUUCGACUUAUUAAAUUUUCUUAUGGAAAAUUUUGUCUUCUUAUAUAUUGGCGUAUCCAUCUUUACUUUUCAAGAUCACAAAUGGGAUGCGAGAUAUAUUCUCGCCUCUGUUGCAGCUAUCGUAAUAGGAAGAGCGUUAAAUGUUUAUCCACUAUCUUUUUUGUUGAAUUUAGGAAGAACGAAUAAAAUAAAGUAUAACUUUCAACAUAUGAUGAUGUUUUCAGGUCUAAGAGGAGCAAUUGCUUUUGCUUUAGCAAUUAGAAAUACCUCUGAUGAUGCUAGAAAAGUUAUGUUUUCUACAACUUUGGUUAUUGUAAUAGCUACUGUUAUUUCUUGUGGUGGUUUAACAACACAGAUGCUACUGUGGCUGAAAAUACGAGUUGGUAUGGAAGAAGAUACUGAAUUGCAAAAUUUCGAUUCCACAAGAUCGACACCGCCAAGUGAAGCUCCACAAAACACUGAAGCUUCAUUAAGUCCACCAAGGCUUCAAGAAAAAGCAAAAUUAGUAAGGGGGUGGUAUCGUAUAGAUGCUAAAGUUAUAAAGCCGUUUCUUACUCACGCAACACCACCGCUUACUGAAACUUUACCUAAAUGUUGCCUUCCGAUAGCAAAAUUCCUGACAUCCGAAAUACAAAUUGCUCAUUUUGAGAAUCGAACAAGAUUCUACGAUUCGGAUACAGAUUUAAUUUUGGACGAUGCAGAUAUAACAGUAACUGAUGUAGCACAGCUACCGGCAGUUGAUACAAUAACAAGACCAGCAACUCUGGAUAUCGCUAGACCCACCGAUCAAACAAUACCUAAUAUAACUGUAAACAAACCUCAUCCACUAUUUGAAGCUAAUCAGGAAAAUUCAUCGACUCUUUUCACAACCAGAGUAAAUAUGGGUAAAGAGCAGGGCGACCACGUCUAA